CGGGCCGAGGCGUUUCGAUGAUCACAUCUCAAACCUUAUUAGUCGAGUCAGCAGCACGAUACUUAUAUGUCGUUGUUUCUUUUAGUUCGACUACACACACAUCUAGUUCACGUUUGAUUCACGGCCAUUUUCAUGAAGUAGAUACACAACUUGAGAGCUUGGUUACUUGACCGGGUCCACAGUGUAUAUUGUGAACAAACCUCCAGCAGCGAAAUACCUCCAAAUAUAACAACCAGGAAAGAAGUGGCAAUGCAAGUUUUCAACUUGUCGAACCUCCCACAGGGAGUAGUAUUUCAGGCGUGGACUCUGUACAGCAUCAGUGUUGUUGCCAUCACGCUACGAAUCUUCUCCCGGUGGCGUCAUAUUCGUAGACUUGACCUGUUCGCUGUAGAUGACUGGAUUAUGAUGACGGCUGUGCCAAUACUUUAUACUGGGUUGGCAGUGAUCUCAACUCAAACAAUUGCCAAAGACGGAAGCAACAUACUCUCAAAUAAAAGUGUGGAAGCAUUCACACAAGAUGACUCCAAUAAUUGGAUCAAAGGAUCGACAGCCAUUGCUGUCACUGAGCAGUGCAUGCACAACUUGAUGUCCGCAUUAAAACUAUGUAUGCUAUUAACAUCUGCUCGCACGCUCAAAGAAACAAACGUCACCAAAUGGGUCAAGGGUGCAGCAGUAUACAUCAUCGUCGGCUGGCUGGCGGUUGAAGUUGCCUUCUUCACAGUCUGCAGCACCGUCGAGGAGUUUGCUAUUGCCCACGCAAUAUUCAAUCUUAGCAGCGACGCAUCCAUCGUCGCGAUCGCGAUCUCGCUAAUCACGUCGCUCUCGCUACUGGUCAAGCAACAUAUUAGGCUAGUCAUGUUACUCGGCAUGGGCAGUUUAAUCGUCAUUUCCGCGCUUCUAGCAAAAUUCCACGACUUUACUAGCGCCCAUUCCAUAACCCGCAUACCCUGGUACACACGCGAGGCUUCUUUCGCAGUCUGCGUCGCCAAUUUACUUGAAAUCUGGUGUCUAUUCCGCGGAAGCAUGUCAUUUGUGCAUGACACUGCGCAGUCAAACGUGCGAUGCACCGAAGCUCAGCAAGACGAGAGAGUAUCUACUAGCAAAAACAACCAUCACAGCCACAUGCACGCCUUCGAGACCCCCAGCUCUGAUGACUUGGGCUGCGAAGAAGCAAGCCACGACGACCAGGGAAAACAAAUAACUAAUCAAGGUGAAGCGAAUCCUUGGAAACGCAUCAUCGUAGAUGUACAAGUCGAUUUUAAGGUGGAGAUUCUACAUGCCAGGUGCAUGGAAUCUUCUAUGGAGGCAGAGAAGUCAAGGAUCGUGACGUGUGAGGGGCCAGAUGCGCGACAUGGAAAGGAUUGAUACGGUAGAUUUGCUUGAUUAGGUGUUGUGCGCUUGUUUUUUUUGGGGGGGUUGUGAAUGAUAUCCAAUACGGUGUUCUGUAUUCCUUAAUAAUGAUUUGAAACAAUUGGUU